GUCCGGGUGCCCUGAGGUGUUAAGGGUUAAUAAUUAACCUACUAAGGCCUCUUACCCUGUGGCCUUUGACCCAGAGGACAGCAUCUCUGCGGUGAAAAACUGGAUGAAGAGGAUUUGUAGAUUUCCCAGCAACGAGUCUCUGCCCUUGCCUUCGGUGUAGACCAGUUGUAGUAACUGGGAAGACAGGCUGGGCUGAGAACCAGCCCCCCACGGAGCAAUGGUGUGGCCCCUACAUCAGCACGGGCCUGGCGUUCCCUCCACUGCACAGGAGAAUAGUAAUCAGUACUUUGUCGUUCUCAUCUGAGGAUUAAAUGAUAAUGUAUGUGCAAACGCUGUAAAUGAAAAAACUUACACAGUCGUUUCAUAAAUCGUAACCUAUGAAGUUCAAACGUAGGGCCCCUGGGAUCCAGGGGCAGAGGUGCUAUAAAUCUGCACAGGGGCCCCCGCCUGGCACCCAGAGGCUGCAGGAUGGCCAGGGGCGCCUCAGCCAAGCUGCUGCUGGUGCUGUGGACGGCCUGCUUCGGACGCGCAGGAGCCGACGGCCUGAGCGCCUACACGUCGGUCAUCGAGGUGACCAACGGGGGACCUUGGGGCGACUGGGCCUGGCCUGAGAUGUGCCCUGAUGGAUUCUUCGCCAGCGGGUUCUCGCUCAAGGAGGAGCCCCCCCAGGGUAUUCCUGGCGACGACACUGCUUUGAACGGGAUCCGGCUGCACUGCUCGCGCGGGAACGCGGAGCGCAACACGCAGGUGGUGGAGUCCCAGUCGGGCAGGUGGGGCGCGUGGAGCGAGCCACUGUGGUGCCCCGGCGGCGGCUUCCUCGUGGCUUUCUCGCUGCGCGUGGAGGCGCCCACGACCCCCGGGGACAACACGGCGGCCAACAACGUGCGCUUCCGCUGCUCCGACGGCACGGAGCUGGAGGGGCCCGGCCUGUCCUGGGGCGACUUUGGAGAAUGGAGUAAGGCCUGCCCGAAGGGCGUGUGCGGUCUGCAGACCAAGGUCGAGGGGCCGAGGGGCCUGCGAGACGACACCGCGCUGAACGACGUACGCUUUUUCUGCUGCCGGAGUUGACCUGCUCGACCCCCGCCCCCCGCCCCCCGCCCCCCCAGGCUCCUCCCGCCUCUCUCGCUAUUAAAGCUUCUCC